UCUAAGGCCGUCCUCCUGUUCGUCCCGCGCCGCCGCAUUGCCUACCUCCCCCCUCCACCCUUCCGGCCUCCUCCUCCCACCGCAGCGGCGGCCGCCGCCUCACCGUUUCAUGUCCAGGCUCCUGCCCCGCAUCACCGCGCUCCCAGGCCGUCGCCGCAGCCACAACCCGAUCCCGCCCGCCCUCGCGGAGUCGCUCGCGCGGGUCCUCGCCAACCGCUCUACCAAUCCGGCCUGGGCCCGCUCCCUCGCCGCGCUCCUCCCCUCCCCGCUCUCAGACGGCAGCCUCGCCGAUGCCGUCGUCUCCCUGCGCGACCCCGACCUCGCCCUAGCGCUCCUCUCCUGGUCCCGCUCCCACUCCGGCAGCCGCCACCAUGACGCCGACAAACUCCCGCCGCCCACGCCUAUCGCGCAUUCCGCCCUCCUCCGCCUCCUCGCCCGCUCCGGCCGCUUCGACGCCGUCGACUUCACGCUCCAGGACAUGUCUCUCGCGGGCGUCGCGCCCACGUAUGCUUGCCUCGGCGAGCUUGUGGCUGCCUACGCCAACGCCGGGAUCGAAACGAAGGCCACCGAGAUGUGCGAGCGCGUCAGGGGGCAGUAUGGAAUGCUCCCUGCGGCGAUCCACAGCAACUGCCUGCUCAGACUCCUUGUGGAGCGGCGGCAGUGGGACGACGCCCACAAGCUGUAUGACGAAAUGCUUGCUAAGGAAGGUGGCGCGGAUGAUUACAGCACAUGUGUGAUGGUCCGGGGCCUUUGCUUGGAAGGGCGGGUCGAGAAGGGUGUGAAGUUGAUUGAGGCGAGGUGGGGGGCAGGGUGCGUGCCAAAUACUGUGUUCUAUAAUGUCUUGAUCGAUGGGUAUUGUCGACGCGGCGACAUGGGUAGGGGACUGUUGCUCUUGGGUGAGAUGGAAAUGAAGGGGAUAUUGCCAACUGUGGUAACAUAUGGAACUCUUAUGAGCUGGCUCGGGAGGAAGGGUGAUCUUGAGAAGGUUACCUAUUUGCUGUCAGAGAUGCGGGAAAGGAGACUGUCCCCCAACAUCGAGAUUUAUAACAGUGUCAUCGAUGCUUUGUGCAAAUGCCGGUCUGCACCACAGGCAAUGGUAGUCUUGAAGCAGAUUUUUGCAAGUGGCUGUGACCCUGAUGUCAUCACUUUUAGUACUUUGAUAUCUGGGCUCUGCCGGGAAGGGCGUGUUCAAGAGGCUGAGCGUCUGUUGAGGGAGGCCAUUAGGAGGGAGGUAAACCCAAAUCUAUUCAGUUAUACGUCAUUGAUUCAUGGCUUCUGCAUUAGAGGACAAGUGAUGGAUGCAUCCAAUUUGCUUAUGGAAAUGAUGGAAAGAGGGUAUACUCCUGAUGUGGUCACAUUUGGAGCCCUGAUUCAUGGUCUUGUUGUUGCUGGGCAAGUCAGUGAGGCAUUGCUUGUCCGGGAGAAGAUGACAGCGAGACAGCUUCUCCCUGAUGCUAACAUAUAUAAUGUACUGAUUAGUUGCCUAUGCAAGAAACAUAUGCUCCCUGCAGCUAGAAACCUUCUAGCAGAGAUGCUCGAGCAAAAUGUCCACCCUGAUAAAUUUGUUUACACCACAUUGAUUGAUGGGUUCAUUAGGAAUGAGAGUCUUGACGAGGCAAGGAAAGUAUUCGAAUUCAUGGAACAAAAGGGUGUCCGCCUUGAUGUUGUUGGCUAUAAUGCUAUGAUAAAAGGAUACUGUCAGUUUGGAAUGCUGGAUGAGGCAAUUGUAUGCAUGAACAACAUGAGAAAGGUGAGGUGUAUCCCAGAUGAGUUUACAUAUUCCACUCUUAUCACUGGCUAUGUUAAACAAGGCAAUAUGGGUGGAGCUCUAAGGUUACUGUGCGAAAUGACGAAAAGGAGAUGCCAACCAAAUGUUGUUACAUACUCAUCAUUAAUAAAUGGAUACUGCAAGCUAGGUGAUACAGAUACUGCAGAAGAUAUAUUCGCAGACAUGCAACUUGAAGGUCCAUUCCCCAAUGUGAUAACUUAUACCAUUUUAAUUGGUAGCCUGUUUAAAAAAGAUAAAGCGAUGAAAGCUGCUGCAUAUUUUGAACACAUGCUGAUUAAUCAUUGUGCUCCUAGUGAUAUUACGUUGCAUUGUUUAGUUACUGGUCUCACUAACUCUAUGGCUUGUAUCGUCAGUUCAAACUGCAGUGGUACUGUUAAGAUGCAUGACAAGGGUGCUCUUUUAGACAUAUUCAGGGGUUUGGUUAAUGGCAAAUGGGAUCCAGGGAAUGCAGCAUACAAUGCUAUUAUUUUCAGCCUAUGCAGACACAAUAUGCUUCGUAACGCAUUGGACAUAUUAAAUAAGAUGGCUAACAAAGGCUACUCACCGGACUCUGUCACUUUCAUUGCACUUCUUUAUGGAUUUUGUUCUGUUGGCAAAUCAAGGGAUUGGAGGAGCAUCCUACCUAAUGACUUUCGGCCAGAUCAACUUGAGAUAGCCUCUGGGUACAAAAUACUGUUUGAUCAAUAUGUAGCAAAGUCAGUUGGUUGUGAAGUCUCUAGUGCUCUGCGGUUGUAUCUUGAAGAAUGUAGAUCCUUAAAACAAAUGGAGCAUAAAUUUACUUGUUCCUGAUAUUGUUCCCGGCACUUGCAAAUGAGGGAUAACACUUAUUUGAUUUUCAACCUCAGCAAGUGAAGACCAAGAGUAGAAUGGUUUGUAAUACCAUAUCUACAGGACAUUUCUGCCAGCACUGGUAAUGCAUGACUAGAUCUCCAGUAGAAAUGGUCUCCCUGAAGGUCAGGACAGGAAGAUGCCGAUUUCACAUUCACAUCUAUUAGGGGAGUGGAUGUCCUUAUAAAUAUCACCGAGUGAUUGCUCUUGAUCAAGAAAAAAAACUUCAAAUACUCAUCUGAUGUGACUUUAAUUUUCUGGUAAGGUGGAUUCUCAACAAGUGCUCGUGCAAUUAAGCAGGUGAAUGAACUGUGAAUCAAUUGGUAGAGCACACACUCAGGGUUUACAGGGCAUGGUGUUACUGAUAUAUCUAUUGAUACUGGAAGGAGCUCUAUGGAACUGCUUUGGCUGUUGGAAUUUAGUGUGUACAAAGCCACAAACACUUGGCAGUAACAGCGGCCAUAUUAGAAUGCUGACUGGUCUUCCAUGAGCCUACUGAGUUGCAAGGCAGAACUUGGAUUUCUUCCACUGAGCUAAUGGAGACUGAUGAAAGCAAUAUUUUUCAUUAGACCAAUACUAGCAAGGAACAGAAAACCAAGACAGCUAAUUUAACUGAAAGUUCACAGGUAAAAAAAACUGAAACCUGCAGGUUGCAAGGGUAUCAGGUGUGUUCCUGAUCUGCUGAGGCCUGGUGCUCUGUCUCUGGCCUAGAGGCCGAAAAGUUCUGAUUGGUACUGGAAAAACUAUUGAUUGAUGACAAUUCUAUGAGACAUUUAGGUUCA